AUGGCUAGAGGAAAAUGGCGCGAACGGAUUCGCAGGGCCCGUCGUCGCCUUCUUCGCCGGCAAGGCCAAUGCAUCAUCCAGGACAGCCCAACCUUUGCUCCAUACGGUCAGCCUUUUCAGCAGGCGUCCUGCGCACCAAACGACCCGCAUAUCCCCGUUAUACAAAUUGGGCCAAACCAACCGUCGUAUUACUACCCACCGCUUCGCCUUCAAGAUAACCUCCGUCGUUAUCAUACGCCGCAUCAAUCAACUUUUGACCUCACCCUGCCAAUCCCGCCGUCGGGGAUAUCGCAGCGAUACCCAACACGAUCAUCCCCCAAAGGCUUGGCCUUGUCUUUGAAGAGCUUGUCCCUGAAAGGCUCCUCUAUCAGGAGCUCCUCUCCCAAAACCUCAUCUCCCAAAACCUCGUCGGCCAAAACACCGCCAUCGGCCAAAACCUCUUCGUCAACCAAAACGUCGAUUUCCGAUUACCAGCCGGACCAACCAAAACCCAAGACAUCACGCUCGGUGAUAUCCCUGCUAUCGUCCCGGAUGUCAACAAAGACGCAACACGGGAGCCUUCACAGCUCGCGCUGGUCCUUUGGUAGCAACCGUACCAUGCGCUCCGUGCGGCCGGACAUCUCUCACUUUACGGCUGACGACACGAAUCCCUCCCCCCACAGCGGCAUGACGCCUCCCAAGGCCUCCGCCGGCCCCAUUAUUCCUCCCAGAUUGCGUCGGCCAUCUUCCCUCUCGGGCGGCCGCGGGCAGUACCUCCCCACGCCGCCGCCUACUCCUCCGCUUUCUUCUUCUGACGUAGUGCUGCCGGGCCUGUAG